GUCGUCUAGACGCGCAUCGGCGAGGGACAAGGUUCCACCGAGGGAUGCUGAGAUCUUAUUCAUUAUAACUUCCACUGGUAAGGUAGGUAAUGCACGACACGCCUACACAUUUUAAAGAAGUCGAAAGAACUUUAUGAAUGAAAAACUGAAAUUAUGAGGGAAGAGGCUGCUGCAUCACCUGGUUUCUCCACGACGGCGAGCACGUCGAGUAAAGCGACGGAGCAAGCGAUCACCGGAGACAAGGUGACCGUAAUCGAUUUCGGAUCGCAGGUAACCCACUUGAUUUGUCGACGUGUGCGGGAGCUCGGCGCUUACUCCGAAUUGAUUAGUUGCCGCAAUGUCGAUGAAACGUAUUUGGACACGUUUCAGCCGAAGGCAGUCAUCCUAUCCGGAGGCCCUUCAAGCGUUUACGAAGCGGACGCGCCGCACCUGAAAAAAGAGCUGUGGGAGAUACUCUAUCGUCGGAAAAUACCAGUUUUGGGUAUCAACAACGAGAACAAUGUCAAAAAAAUUUGAGGGUUAUACAUGGUGGUACAAGUACUUCCACGAUCAUGAAGUUAAUAAUAUGGACGCUAAGAUAAAGCCAUGGGUUUAAUGUCACAGUGGUCGAUUCCGCCUACUUCAAUGUAUGCAUCAGCAUUUUCGUCCACCUGCCACGACAACUAGUGUUCUCUCCAUUUUUAACGCCAGGAAUAUGUUACGGGCUGCAGGAGAUGAUGUGGGCGCUCGGUGGCGAGGUGAAGCCUGGAGGGACACGGGAGUUCGGCUAUGCGGAACUUAUCAAAACUUCGUCGCCCAAUGGCGAGAAUUUUGGACUUUUUGCAGGCUUGAAAACUGGAAACCAGUUGUGGAUGUCGCAUGGUGACAAGGUCACCCGCAUUCCAGAGGGGUUUGAGGUGCUUGCUUCCACAGAUAACUGCGAGUACGCGGGGAUAUGCGACUACGAGAGAAAUUUUUACGGCGUGCAAUUCCAUCCCGAGGUAACGCACACAAAAAACGGGAAAGACAUUAUCAAGAAUUUUCUUAUUUUUAUGGCGGAUCGUGCAGAAUCUAUCAGGACGAGUUGAUGUUGAUCGUGUGAACUAGUCAUGCGUGAUAAUGUCGAUAAAGUUAACUAUUCAUUGGAAGAAUGUGCUGAAGAAGUAGAAAAACCUCCUGCUACAGGAAAGAUACUAGAAUAAACUAACAACUUACUUAUAUAAAUAUAUGUUCCAGGGGUGGAGGCUCCCCUCCCUGUGGAUGGAGCGGUAGUGGCGUCCGCGCGCCCUUUUUUCCGCGGUGGUGACAUGUAAGGACCUCAGGGGGCGGAGGCCUCAAAAGGCGGGGCCGGAGGCUCCUGGUGGCUCUCCGCGUGUACCCCACAGGUGUCCCGACUCUUGGGCCCUAUCCGGGGGGCGGCCUCCGGGGGAAGAAGACCGCCGAAGGCGGACACGAUCACGAGGCGUGGCCCCUUUGGCCCUCAUCCCCCCAAUUGGUGGCAGCGUCCGCCACCACCAAACGCCCGGGGGGUUGAUGACCAAAGGCGAGGAGGAGUGUGGGCAAGGCGUGCCCGCCUGGGUUCUGUCGGAUACAUGCAGCACGGCGAAAGGGGUCAAGCCUUGCCACCUGCUGCCCUCGGAGGCCUUCCACUUCCCAAGAGACUCCCCCAGUGAGGAACCCGCGCCCUGGAGGCAACAAGCUGCAACACGCUGCAAUAAGCCAAAGGGGGCCCAGCCUUGCCACCUUUGCCACCUUCGGAAGCCUUGCACCCCCGGCCUUCGGUGCUUAGACGGCCUCAGCGAUGGGGGCUCUGUAAGGUCCAGGGCCAGGCAAGAAGCGGAGGUGGGCGCUUGGAAGCCUUCCCGCCUGGCAGUCUCUCGGGAAAAAGGGUCUGGGGCGGGCGCCCCCCUCAAAAAUUUAGAGGGGGGGAGGCCUUGGCCCCUGGGGGGGCGUAUAUUUACUUACUUACUUUUUACGUCGUUGGUGAAGAUAGAGAUGAUUUUGUAGUUGGCUCUCCAUGUACUUCUGGUCUGUCUCUAAAGAUAGCAGUCUUUCCCAGAACACACGAGCAUACGCAAAGGCAGGGGCCGAGGAGAAGGGAUGUACAUUUUGGAUUUACUGAUUGAGCCGGUAUAGAACCUCUGCUUCAUGUUGAGUUUCAUCGAUCCGUUUUUUUUCCCGACGGCUCUUAUAAGAUUAGGAUUUUUUAGUAGAACAAGAUUAUCCUAAGUAGAAACAUGAUAACUAUAACAAAAAUGCUCCACAAGCAGGUAUGUCCAUUAGACCUCCGCCUUUCUCCUUCGAGAAGUGGACGAUGAGAAAUUUCUGCGACCUGGAAAGCGCAAAAAUUCGAGAGCAAGUGGGUCCAGACGCGUACGUCUUGGGGGGGAUUUCAGGUGGUGUCGAUAGCAGUGUAGCAGCAGCCUUGAUGCAGCGAGCGAUCGGUGAUAGAUUCUCGCCUUUUUUGAUCGACACUGGGUUACUACGAAAGGACGAGUCCACGGAGGUAACGCGGCGACUAAAAGAGCACAUUCCUGGUUUGCGAUUGAAGUGCGUCGACGCGAGUGCCGAGUUUUACGCAGCCUUGAAGGGUGUCACGGAACCCGAAGCAAAGCGGAAAAUCAUCGGAAGGCUCUUCAUAGAUGCCUUCGAGAGGGCCAUUCGAGAAUCAGGGUUACCGAUAGAAAACACGUACUUACUCCAGGGAACCUUGUACCCGGAUGUAAUCGAGUCAACGUCUUUCAAGGGCCCCAGCUCAGUCAUAAAAUCGCACCACAACGUAGGAGGCUUGCCGGAAAGGUAUUGAGGUCUCUCCCCUUGUAGUUCUGUCGUACUAUGACUGCACCGUGAAACAUCCAAACCUUCUUGUUCUCGUUGUUUAUUUACCUAACCAAGCCACAGGUCGUUGGAUCAUUGCUGCGACUUGAUCAACCUUCAUGUUUUCUCUUUUUCUCCUUUGACAUGAUGAUGUUAUUUUCAAUUUUCUCGAAUAUAUUGCAGCAUGACAUCAAGCACUCCUGCACCACACACACACACACACACUUUUCAAUCUUCUUUUUCUAGAUUGAAGUUCAAAGGGCUGAUCGAGCCGCUGCGGAUGUUGUUCAAGGACGAGGUUCGCUCUCUUGGUCGGGAAUUAGGUUUGCACGAGGAAAGCAUCAUGCGCCACCCGUUUCCUGGACCUGGGUUAGCUAUACGCAUUGUUGGUGGAGAGGUCACACGCGAGAGAGCAGACGUGCUCAGAGAAGCCGACUAUAUUUUCAUCAGCAGUCUAAAAGAAGCUGGAGUCUACAACGACAUCGGACAGGCCUUCGCGGUUCUCUUACCUGAGUGCAAAUCAGUAGGUGUCAUGGGGGAUGCAAGAACAUACGAAAUGACAGUGGCGCUUAGGGCGGUAAAUUUCAUUUUGAUGGACUUGGAGCUUCAUCUGGAUCUCGACUUUUGUGUGUGGUAGCAACGUCCUGUACUGCAUGUACCACAACUAACUGACGAUAAAACUGAAUAGACUAAAAAACAGUGCUGGUGCACUACUUCGUCCAUUCUAAAUCCUCAGGAUCAAUAUUUUCUGGUUUCACAUGCGUCUCCGUCUUCCAUUAGAAUAAUGAUUAACUCUAACAUAUGAAACGAAAAAGUGUACUCAUCCUCAAGAAAGUAGGCACUUUCUAAGUAGGAAAAAACCUCUUUUCUUGAGUAUGAGUACACUUUUUUCUGUCAUAUAACAGGUACAGUCCUCGGAUUUCAUGACCGCUGAUUGGUAUCCCAUUGACUGGAAUUUGCUUAGCCGAAUAUCAAAUCGGAUUAUUAACGAGGUCAGGGGAGUCAAUCGUGUGUGCUAUGACUGCAGCUCGAAGCCACCUGCCACGAUUGAAUGGGAGUAGACGCUCUUCUAAAAGAACAACUUCGACUGUUUUUUUGAACGAAACAUUUCUUGUUUCUGUGAAGAGUUUUGCUUCCGCUUUUUGCCGCUCGACAAUGACCUCGAGAUGCUUGUAUUUCAUUUAACGCCGAGAUAACUCCCCACAGGACUUGAGGUGUUGUCUUUCGUCUGUUUACAUUUAACGCUUAUACACCUACACCGUCGUCUGCUGCUGCUGCGCCGUGUGUAACUGCCAAC